GCAGCAACAAUGUCGACCGCCGAGUCGCUUCCUCCAUCAGCUAUUGCCGCCGGCUCCUCUGUAGCAGACCAGGCAGCAGCUUUCGCAGAGGAUCCUAGGGUACAUUUUGACCGCGCGGCAGGGGCGUGGAGGUUUGAGAACGAUGAUGGAAGCGAGUUGGAGUACGAUGCAGCAAAGGGGGCAUGGGUUCCUGUGCUCGACGAAGACUUGGUGAAGGCGCAGCAGGCCGCCUAUUCUGUAGCAGGCGUUGACGAAGAGACUCCUGCCGCGCCCGUUCUUAAACGGACUAAGAAGCGCAAAGAGCCCGAAGACUACACCUCGAGCACCGUCGGCUCGAUCUCAGGCCCUGCCGUCAAGCGAGGCAAGGUGUCCAACGGACAAGCCGCCGCGCCCGAGCGCAAGUCGAAGAACACCGCCGUCUACGUGACCGGUCUCCCGCUAGAUACCGAGGCGGAUGAGGUCGUGGCGCGCUUCUCCAAGUUCGGCCUGAUCGAGGAGGACGACAAGGGCCAUCCGAAGGUGAAGCUGUACGCGCGCGAGGACGGAACGUUCAGCGGCGACGCGCUCGUCGUGUAUUUCAAAGAGGAGUCGGUGGACCUCGCGGAGCGGCUGUUGGACGACGACGAGCUGCGGAUUGGCGAUCCGAAAACGCGCAUGCGUGUGCAGAAGGCUGAGUUUGGCCAUAAGCAUGAGAUGAGCGAGGGAGGGGCGGAGGGAGAAGCGAAGCCCAGGAAGACGAUGGCAGACAAGAAGAAGGCCACAAAGCGAAUCGGAAAGAUGCAGAAGAAGCUGGGCGAAUGGGAUGAUGAAGAUGGUUUCGGCCCUUCCAGGACAGAAGAGGACAAGGCGCCAGUAGUAAAUAAGAACAACCGGAUAGUUGUCCUCAAGCACAUGUUCACAUCAAAGGAAUUGGAAGAGGACGCGUCAUUACUGCUCGACUUGAAGGAAGAUGUACGAGAGGAGUGUUCGACACUGGGUGAGGUGACGAACGUUGUACUAUAUGACAAAGAGCCAGAAGGCAUCAUGACCGUCAAGUUCCGAGACCCUAUCAGCGCUCAAGCGUGUAUAAUAAAAAUGAACGGACGAUUUUUCGCAGGACGGAGAGUGGAAGCUUUCUUAUACGCAGGAAAGCAACGGUUCAAGCGAAGUGCAGACGAGUCCUCGUUCGCAGAGGGUGAUGACGAGGGCGAAAAGAAACGCUUGGACGACUUCGCUAAAUGGUUGAUGACAGAGGGCGACUGA